GCGGCUGGUCAACUGUAGCCAUUUUAUGUCACUCUUCGAAAUAGUGCCUUUCAACUGUCGGUUGCGCAUUUACCGUCGCCAAGCAUCAUCAACCAUGCGCUUUCGGCCGUGCAUCGAUAUCCACGCUGGCGAGGUGAAGCAGAUCGUGGGCUCCACGCUCACAGACGCCGAAGGCGUGGGCCCCGUCACCAACUUCGUGGCUUCUCAGAGUGCCGGCGAUUUCGCGCGCAUGUACAAGAAGGACGGACUGGUAGGCGGCCAUGUCAUCAUGUUAGGCGCGUCGGAAGCCAACACAAACGCGGCACUGGAUGCUCUGCAGAGCUACCCCGGAGGACUCCAAGUGGGCGGUGGCAUCAAUGCUGACAACUGCCAGUUCUUUGUGGAGAAGGGCGCGAGCCAUGUGAUCGUCACGUCCUACGUGUUCCGUGACGGUCAGAUCGACUUCGAGCGACUCGAGAAGCUCAAGCAGCUUAUCGGCAAGGAACACUUGGUGUUGGACCUCAGCUGCCGCAAGAAAGUAGAGGACAACAAGUUCUACGUCAUGACGGACCGCUGGCAGAAGUUCACCACGACGUCCAUCGAUGAGGCGUUGUUCCACCGCCUCGCUGAAUACUGCGAUGAGUUUUUGGUACAUGCCGUGGAUGUAGAAGGCAAACGGUGCGGCAUCCAGCAAGAACUUGUCGAAUUGCUGGCCAAGUGGAGCCCCCUCCCUGUUACAUAUGCUGGUGGUGCUAGCUCUCUGGUACGCUGUUAUUUUACCACCGAACGCAACUCUAUGCUUACUAUGGUGUUUGAAUUAUGCUAUCAUCAGGAUGAUCUGGACUUCGUGGAGCGCAUCGGUAGUGGCAAGGUCGACCUCUCGAUUGGCAGUGCACUCGACAUCUUCGGUGGUGAUAUCCGCUACGAGGACGUCGUUGCAUGGGACAAGAAGCGCGGAGAAAACUAGAUAUCGCGCUGGUAUCACAUCCCCGCACUCAUAUCGUUGAUAUGAGUUCGAAUAACAGCGUUUUAUUCAGCUAUUCAUCCGCUGCAUCUUCGAA